AAGAAUAAAGGAGUUCAGCCGCUGCUGGACGCUGCGCUGGAGUAUCUGCCGAACCCCACCGAGGUCAAGAACUACGCCAUCCUGAACGAGGAGGCAUCUAGUGACGGCUCCAGGAUUCUGAUGGACCCCACGAGAGACGACACGCAUCCCUUCGUCGGCCUGGCCUUCAAGCUGGAGGCGGGGCGUUUCGGGCAGCUGACGUACGUGCGUGUGUAUCAGGGCUGUUUGAGGAAGACGGAGUACAUCCACAACACCCGCUCGGGGAAGAGGGUGAGGGUCCAGAGACUGGUGCGACUCCACGCCGAUCAGAUGGAGGACGUGGAGGUGGUGUUCGCCGGCGAUAUCUGCGCUCUGUUCGGCGUCGACUGUGCCAGCGGAGACACCUUCACUGCCCGCACUAAUGCCAACCUCUCCAUGGAAUCCAUUCACAUUCCUGAUCCUGUGAUCUCUAUGGCCAUAAGAGCCUCCAACAAGAACGACACAGACAAGUUCUCCAAGGGAAUCAACCGCUUCACCAGAGAAGAUCCCACGUUUAGAGUCCACUUUGACACGGAGAGUAAAGAGACCAUCAUCUCGGGCAUGGGAGAGCUGCAUCUGGAGAUCUACUCGCAGAGGAUGGAGAGGGAAUAUAACUGUCCGUGUGUGAUGGGCAAACCCAAAGUGGCCUUCAGAGAGACGGUGACCAGCGCUGUGCCGUAAGUCCUGCAUUUACACACACGGGGAAAACACUUUCAUAGCUGCUGGUCGG